UUGCUGCUUCAGCACCCCCCCACCCCUAACUUUACAGAGAAGGCGGGCGGAGCUGCUCCGUCACAUAAAUUGUGCGCGCUACAAUUGGAGGGUUCGGGUACCAAACUGUCCUUUCGUGUUUCCUGUGAACCUCCAGCACUGCCAGCUUUGUGUGAGCGAAGCAGCCCAGACUAACCGGGGACGUUUUUAUUUUACUUCCCGUGGACCUUCAAACAUGUCGGGACAUAAAGACAGUGACGGCGGAUGGAGGAACUUUAUUUGGAGCUCGGAGAAGAAAGAGUUUCUAGGACGAACAGGGGGCAGUUGGUUUAAAAUCCUCUUGUUCUACGUGAUUUUCUACGGAUGUUUGGCUGGAAUAUUCGUCGGGACCAUACAGGCAAUGCUGCUCACAUUAAAUGACUACAAACCCAAGUAUCAGGACCGAGUCGCUCCCCCAGGUCUGUCCCACACCCCCCUCUCAGAAAAAUCUGAAAUUUCCUUCAAAGUGAACGACGCAGCUUCAUAUAUGAAGUACAUUGAGAAAAUGAACGAAUUACUUAAUAAGUAUAAUGAUACGCGUCAGACGACUGAUCUGAAGUUCGAGGAUUGUGGAGACACUCCGCAGCAUUACAAAGAUCGUGGCAGCUUGGAGAGUGACAGUGAUGGACAGAGGACCGCCUGCCGCUUCAACAGAACGCUGCUGAAAAGCUGCUCUGGUUUAUCCGACGGCACCUAUGGCUUCAAGGAGGGAAAGCCGUGCCUCAUCGUCAAGCUCAACAGAAUUGUCAACUUCCUACCAAGGGUCCUCUCCAACGAAUCCCUCCCAGAUGCUCUGAAAAACAGAUCAGACAAUGUCAUCCCCAUUUACUGCAAAAACAAGAGGGAGGAAGAUGCAGACAAGAUCGGAGAGAUCAAGUACUACGGCAUCGGGGAAGGCUUUCCUCUGCAGUAUUACCCGUACUACGGCAAGCGGCUGCAUCCCCAGUACCUGCAGCCUCUGGUGGCCAUUCACUUUACCAACCUCACGCUGGACACGGAGCUCCGCAUCGAGUGCAAAGCAUACGGAGAAAACAUCAAGUUCAGCGAAAAAGACCGCUAUCAAGGACGCUUUGAUGUGAAGUUCACGGUGAAGUCGUGACCUCGGCCAAGGUCGUCACUCUCAGUUGAAAAUUAAAAUAAACGUUGAGCAAAUUCACGAGUUCAGAUAAACACCACUAGUCUUUGAACAUUCAUUAUAGACAGGACCUACACUUAAAUCUGUGUGCUUUCCAUUAGCUUUUCUGUGUUUUUGUCCAAAGUUAGAAUGUAACCACAAGAGUAGCAAUAGCAAAUAUUUAUUCUACUGUAAAUGAAAAUAUUCCUGGAUCCAUGGGAUGUUCAUCCGUUACUGUAAAACUACAGUUUUACUACUGAUGCGUAGAGUCGUGUUCCUGUCCCCAUGGCGUUUCAUCCUGGCGUGGUUUCUAUAUAUUUUUGAAGUGUCCUGAGCUGUAGUCUAGAGCUGUUGUAAUCUUUUUUGUCUUGUCAGCUUCUGUGGUCCAAGGUGUGUGUAUGCACACGCUUGUGUCUGUGCGGGCAUGUCAGUUUAUAUGAGAACAGAGUGUUUGGACUAACUGAAAUACUAGCAUGGUACUCUGAACCUUUAAGACCCAUGAGUAAAUGGCUGCACUUCACCGCUGGUUUAUGUUUUGAUUAUUUUUUUUUUUUUAGGCAUUUAUUUGUUCAAGGUAGUUGUGGACGAAUGCAUUUGUGCACAGUUUGUUCAUCUUGUUAAGUAGUUAAAGUUUUUUUUCUUUGAUACUUUGCAUUUGUUCAUUCUUAAUUCAUAGUGUAAAGUUUUGUGGGUCCAGCCUAAGAUGGAAACAGUGGCACCUCUGCUUUGAAAUCUGUUUUGCUGGAGUCGUCCUGUUACGUGAUGCAACACCGUUGAAAUGUUGUAGCCAUUUUCAUGAUGGAAGAGUUUUGUAUUUAUGCAGUUGUACUUUUUUUUUUUUCAAAGUGUCAUGUAUAUAAAUCAAAUACCAAAGCUGGUCAAAACGUUAGAAUAUCUGAGGCAAUGCAGUAUCCCAUGUAUCAAGAUGUUUAGUUGGCGUGAAAAUACUUAAUUCAAUGUUGGAGAUCAAACACUUGUCAGGAGUCUGCUGUUGUCACUUUAUUUAAUCUGCAUAAGGUUGAAACA